AUGCAAGAUUUCACCCUCGAUGGAAUCACCCAAGAAGAAGAUAUGCUGGUAGCUGAGCGGAUUCCGAACCCAUACGAUGAUAUGGCAGAAACACACCCGUACUCAUAUUAUGCGGUCUUCACUGUGACUACGGAGUACCUUGUGCACCCAGUCACCAAAGAGCAAUUUCAGCCGCUGUCGUCGAUCAUGAUCGCCCAACCCACUGACACCAACUCCCCGCCUACCCCUUUGACUAUGCACAAUGCAGUCGAGUGCAGACUCAUAGUCGAUUCGAAUCCAGUCACGUAUGAGGCUGAGUUAUUGGCAUUGUCUAUCUUGACGGAGCCGAAAAAGGAGUCGAAUGCUCUGCCAGCAACAACCCUCGGGACAUUUGAGUAUCUGCUGGACUUCCGCAAAGAACCCAGCUUCAGGGUCGACCUGUUCGAGAAAAUACCGCACAUGAAUAAUCCGAGCGAACACCCAAACAACUUCUUGAAGACGGUAUACAGUCGGCUGAACCGUGACCACAAGUAUGUUUACGACCAGCUUCGACAAAUACCAGCCGGACUUGCUCUUAUCCUUGGAUGUCCAGGUGCUGGUAAAACAGCGUUGAACGCAUUCAUCGCUGCUAUGGCGCUGUCGCAGCCUGUCAAGGAACUCCGGCGUGAUGGCAAACAAAGACGCAGGCCAGUCAAGAUUCUUUACUUGUUGGAUGUCAACUAUCCGUGUGACGAUGCUGCCAACAGGGUGUAUAGCAUGUUGCAGGAGGCCGGAAUUCACAAGUCAGUUGUUCGGGUUCGUGGUUGCGCCCGUGAGAUGAGAAACAGCGCAAAGCUCCAUCCAGAGCCGCGAAACUUGAAGGAAGAUCACACUCCAGAUUUUACUGCCGGCUUUCUCAAGCAAGCACGUCUUUUUGGUGGCUUUCAGAAAGCUCACCGCGAUGACAGUCGGGCACCAACGUUGGAUGAGGUGGCUUGGGACAAGUACGAGGCUGACAAGACCAAGCACAUCGCCCUGACAAAGAUCUUGGACAAGCUGAACGAGGGUGUACCCAAGACAGACCAGACAGCGAGAGAACUGAGGAAAUGCGUCGCGAGACUUUACUUCUCUGUGAUAGAGGAAGCCGACUUCAUCGCGACCACCCCGGUCGGCGCAGCUGGCUAUUUAAGCAAAAGAUUUCGUCCCGAUAUUGUAUUUCUGGACGAAGCGGCACAUGCAAGAGAGCUGACGGCUAUGAUUCCUAUUGCUCUAUACUCGCCGUACACAUUUAUUUUGACGGGAUUCUUGAACGACCCCAAGAGACUCUGUGUCAUGCUCACGCGCGCCAGAAUUGGCGAAAUGGUGCUCAUGCAUGAGGGCAUCACAAAAAGAUGGGUAGGAAGGGAACUUGUUGAGGCUGAGUGGACGAUGAAGGUGUAUGAGCACUGUCGUCGGAACGGCCAGCUUUAUCAAAUUGAUUGA